GGCCGCUCCCCGAGUCCGGCGCUACAUGCGGGCUGUGCUCUGCUCUGCUUCCCAGGGACGGCCGCGCGGAGCCAGCGAGUCCUGAGCCGAGCCCCCCGGCUGGGAAGGAACCGACAUGGACCUCUCGCCGCUUCCCGGCGCGCGUGUUUUUGUUUGUCAGGACGUGGGGCUUCUGCUGGUGCUGCUGGAGGUCGUGCUGUUAGCCGGCAGAGUCGAUGCCGGAGGAAAGAGUUACACAGGACCAUGUGGAGGAAGAGACUGCAGUGGAGGAUGUCAGUGUUUCCCUGAAAAAGGAGCCCGUGGCCAGCCAGGCCAGCUUGGAUCACAGGGGCUCCCUGGACCACCGGGAUUGAUGGGAAUCCCAGGACUGCAAGGUCCUAAAGGUCACAAAGGUGAAAGAGGACAUCCAGGAAUAAGUGGACCCAAAGGAGAAAUGGGGCUAAGAGGAGUCACUGGUUUCCCAGGGGCAGAUGGCAUUCCUGGUCAUCCAGGGCAGCCAGGAUCAAGGGGGAAGCCAGGUCAUGAUGGCUGUAAUGGGACAGUAGGUGACCCAGGUGACCCAGGAACACCAGGACACUCUGGUUUCCCUGGUACCAUUGGAGUUCAAGGACCAAAGGGCCAGAAGGGGGAGCCCUAUGUGCUACCGCCAGACAUCGCCAGCCGACAUCGGGGAGAAAUUGGGGAUCCAGGAUUCGCUGGUUUUCCAGGAGCUCCAGGUACACUGGGUAUUCAAGGACCUAUUGGUCCAAGAGGAACACCAGGAAGACCUGGACCACCAGGGCCCCCAGGACCGCAAGGACCACAAGGCAACAGAGGUCUUGGCUUUUAUGGAGAAAAAGGUGAACAGGGCGCCCCAGGUCCUCCAGGUCCACCUGGGCUUCCCACAAGAGAACUGAUUGGUGUCCCCACUGACAAACACAAAGGUGAAAGAGGAGAGCCUGGACAAAAAGGGGAAGCUGGACUUCCAGGUGUACUUCUCUUCACUCCUGAAAAAGGUGAAGAAGGGGUAAUGGGCUUCCCAGGACAAAGGGGACUGCCUGGUAACGAUGGUUUUCCAGGACUUAGUGGAGAAAGAGGUUUUCCAGGAUUGGAUGGUCAACCAGGUCAAUAUGGUCCUAGAGGAGGCAAGGGGGAGCAGGGUGAGAUGGGUCCUCCAGGACCACCUGCCUAUGUUCCUUACCGCAUUCCAAGAAAAGGUGUAAGAGGUGAUCCAGGCUUUCCAGGUGCUUCUGGACUCCAGGGGGAACCAGGAGAGCAGGGUGAUCGUGGGCUGCCUGGUAUUCCAGGAUUCUCUGAUGGAGAUGCAGAUAAGCCAGGCUUACCUGGAGAGAUAGGACCAAAAGGUGAAAAAGGUGAAGAAGGAUCUCCUGCUUAUCAAGCAGGCCCACCUGGGUUUCCAGGUAAACAUGGCGAACCAGGACUCCGUGGUCCACCUGGUCCCCCUGGAACUCCAGGUUCUCUCUUUGGAUUAAAAGGACAGGAAGGGACACCAGGUAGACCUGGUGCACAAGGUUUUCCUGGGCCAAGAGGACAAAGAGGACCUAAAGGCGAAGAAGGUGACUGCAGUACAUGCCUUUUGAGUGAUGAACUCAGAAGGGGCUCUACUGGCCCCCGUGGCCCUCCUGGUUUUCCAGGAACCCCUGGCCAGCCUGGGAGAAAAGGAGAACCUGGCGAUCAAGGUCCACAUGGUAUUCCUGGCUACGCUGGAGCAAAAGGACAAUCGGGCCAAGAAGGAUUUCCUGGACCAAAAGGAGAAAAGGGAGAUUCUAUAUACAUAACUACUAAAGGCACCAAAGGAAUCCGAGGAGAUCCUGGACUUCCUGGUAUCAGAGGGGAAGAUGGUUUCCCAGGCAGAGAUGGAUUAGAUGGUUUACCAGGACUGCCUGGCCUUCCGGUAAGUAGCAAAUGUACUAAAGGUGCAAGAGGAUUCCCAGGUGAUCCAGGCCCAGUGGGAUUCCCAGGGCUAAAUGGUACACGAGGUGAUCCAGGUCGGGAAGGAUACCCAGGUCCUCCAGGCUUUACUGGGCCCCGAGGAGACAGGGGCCCAAAUGGCUUACCUGGACUACAGGGACAUCCAGGUCUUAUGGGAAAGUCUGGUGCUCCAGGACUGGACGGACAGAAGGGUGCUCCUGGUGAUGUUUUGAGAGCAGCAGCAGGUCCUCGAGGGGAUGCUGGGCUGCCUGGCUUCCCUGGCUUGAAAGGUGCACCAGGAGAUCAAGGAAUACCAGGAAUUAGAGGAGCGGAUGGUAACCCAGGAUUGCCAGGCCCCAAAGGUGAUCCAGGGCUGCAAGGUCUCCCUGGUUUGAUGGGUUUACCAGGAACACCAGGAACUCAUGGAUUCCCAGGGCCACCAGGAAACCCCGGCCCUGAUGGUGGACCUGGCUCUCAAGGACCCCUUGGUCCACCAGGUGCAAGGGGAGAAGAUGGUGAGCAAGGCUUUCCUGGUCUGGUGGGCAUAAAAGGUCAGUCUGGUGACAAAGGUGAAACAGGUUUCCCAGGAUUACAAGGUAUCCCUGGCGUGACUGGUCCCCCUGGCAUUAGUGGAAUGGAUGGAUUUCCAGGAGACAAAGGCUCAAGAGGUUCACCUGGCAUUGAUGGUUUCAAAGGCAUGCCAGGCCUGAAAGGAAGACCAGGAAUCAAAGGAAUCAAAGGAGAAUUUGGCUUAUUUGGGGCUCGGGGUGAUAAAGGCGCGCAGGGUGCUCGAGGCUUUAAAGGUGACCGAGGAGAACAAGGUCCCCCAGGAGAGCCCCCGAAGCCAAAGCCUAGCAUGAUGAUGAAAGUUAAAGGUGAAAAAGGAGAUGCUGGAGAAACUGGCACCAAGGGAUUCUUUGGCAUAAAAGGUAGCAAGGGAAUGCCAGGCCUUCCUGGUAAGACAGGAAUUCCUGGGUCCCCAGGACACCCCAGUUAUGUGCCUGGUGUGAAGGGGGACAUCGGUGCAAAAGGGCUGACGGGUCUGAAAGGGUAUCCUGGUCCAACUGGCUCUCCAGGCAUCAGAGGCUUCCCUGGCAGCACAGGAGGCAGGGGAGAUAAGGGUGCCCCAGGAAGUUCGGGUCAUUUUGGUACUCCUGGCUCCCAUGGUGAAAUUGGUGAGCCGGGCGAUACUAUAAACUUACCAGGAAUGCCAGGCCUUAAAGGGGAAGUUGGUGUGCCGGGUCUUACAGGCUUAAGAGGAGGCCCUGGACAAAAAGGCGAAGGAGGUGAUCCUGGUUUACCUGGCAUUGAAGGCCUCAAGGGCAUACAGGGUGUACCUGGCUCCUUGGGACAGCAAGGUUUGCCAGGACUGGUCGGCCCUCCAGGGCAGCAAGGAAGCCCUGGAACGCCUGGAUUCCAAGGAGAAAAAGGAACUCCUGGCUGGCCUGGCUUACCAGGACAAGCAGGCUUACCUGGCUCAAGAGGAAUCAGUGGACUGCAUGGUUUACCAGGCACUAAGGGCUUACCAGGAUCACCAGGUCCAGAUGGCUAUGGCUCUGCAGGCUUCCCAGGUCCUGUGGGUGACAAAGGAGAAGCAGGAGAGCCGAGCAGAGUGGAGGGCAGCCAAGGCCCGCCGGGUCAGAAGGGAGACAGAGGUGUUCCAGGAAUCCAAGGACCCUUUGGCAUUCCUGGGCAGGAUGGACUUCCAGGCCCUCCUGGGAUUUCCAAUAUAUCAGGAUAUCCUGGUGAUAUAGGUUCACCAGGUCUAGAUGGAGUGCCAGGCUAUCCAGGACUACAUGGGCAGCCUGGAAUACCAGCUCCACCGGGAAGCAAGGGAGAAAGUGGACGAGCAGGCGUGAGCGGACAAGCUGGUCCCAAAGGGACAAGAGGUGAUCCUGGACUACAAGGGAGACCUGGGAUUCCCGGUUAUCCCGGACCAAAAGGUCGUAAGGGUGAACAAGGUGUCAUUGGCUUUAUUGGCACAGUAGGAUUUCCAGGUGAUCUGGGACCCAUCGGACCCAAGGGGGAUAGAGGACUUACUGGCUUUCAGGGCCCUCCAGGCUCUCCUGGGUUGCCGCCUCUUCCUCCAAGGCUGGUUGCUGAGCAAGGUUCACCAGGUCCCCGUGGAAGUACAGGACCUCAGGGAAGUCCAGGUGAUACAGGACCUCAAGGUCCACCAGGAGAACCAGGUUUCAGAGGCUUACCUGGAGAACCAGGACUCCAGGGCAGAGGUGGCAUUCCAGCUCCUCCUGGAUCCAGAGGUGAACAAGGAGCAAUGGGGUUUCAAGGUCCAGUGGGAUUUGAAGGCCAGCCAGGUCGCCCCGGUAGCCCCGGGCUGCCAGGCAUGCCGGGUCGCAGCGUUAGCAUCGGCUACCUGCUGGUGAAGCACAGCCAGUCUGACCAAGAGCCAAUGUGCCCAAUUGGCAUGAACAAACUCUGGAGUGGCUACAGCCUCCUGUACUUCGAGGGACAAGAGAAAGCACACAACCAGGACCUAGGGCUGGCUGGCUCCUGCUUGGCUCGUUUCAGUACAAUGCCAUUCCUCUACUGUAACCCUGGGGAUAUUUGUUAUUAUGCAAAUCGAAAUGACAAAUCCUACUGGCUCUCAACUACAGCACCUCUUCCAAUGAUGCCUGUGGCAGAAGAAGAAAUUAGGCCAUAUAUCAGCCGCUGCUCUGUGUGUGAGGCCCCAGCUGUGGCAAUUGCUGUCCAUAGCCAAGAAGCUUCUAUUCCUCGCUGCCCCGAAGGCUGGCGCAGUUUGUGGAUUGGAUAUUCCUUCCUUAUGCACACUGCAGCCGGCGAUGAAGGUGGAGGACAGUCGCUGGUCUCUCCUGGGAGCUGCCUGGAAGAUUUCAGGGCUACUCCUUUCAUCGAGUGCAAUGGGGCACGUGGAACCUGUCAUUACUUUGCCAAUAAGUACAGCUUCUGGCUCACUACUAUUGACCAGCCCUUCCAAAGCAAGCCCUCGGCAGAUACACUCAAGGCAGGACUCAUCCGAAGCCAUAUCAGCAGAUGUCAAGUCUGUAUGAAAAAUUUAUAGAAGCCUUUCAUAGUGUAAGGAACCUGCUUACCAUCUAGCACUUGUACAGUGAAACCUUCUAGGAUGUUUAGACAUUUGAAUAAAUCAUGUUGGUGCUUUUUUAACUUAUUACCUCAAAAGCGGAACGGAAAGAUGAUGUUUAAGUGUAUAAAAGCAAAACAAGCGUAACACAAAUUAACACACAGACCUAGUGCUGUGUUCUUCUGCUAUACAGUGCAUAUAUAUGUUUUUGCUAGUCUAACAGAUGUUGCAAAUACUCACGCCUUUGAAGCACAAAAAACUUCAGAAAUAAAAGCUUACCGUGGUCAGAUA